AUGCCAUCGAUCCUCUCCGACGAGGACAAGCAGACGGUGAAGCGCACCGUCCCCAAGUCUGCCAACAAGAUCCACGCCGUCGCCGUCGCCAAGCUGUACAUCGCCUACCCCGACAGGCACCGAUGGACCUACACCGGGCUCCAGGGCGCUGCGGUGCUGGCAAACGAUUUGGUAGGGCAUACAUUCUGGCUCAAGCUGGUAGACAUCUCGUCGGCCAACCGCGGCGUCCUAUGGGACCAGGAGAUAUACGAUACCUUCUCCUACAACCAGGACCGCGUCUUCUUCCACACGUUCGAGCUCGAGGAUUGUCUAGCAGCUCUGUCAUUUGCCGACGAGAAGGAGGCAAAGACGUUCAAGAAGAAGCUGGAUGAUCGUGAGAAGAAUGCUCACAAGAGCACGAAGAACAAGCCAUUUGGAGCAACAGCAGGCAACAGUGGGCCCGCCACAAAUGGUAAAAGUGGAGGCCACGGCCUUUUGGGAGGUCUCUUUGGACAUCGGCAUUCUUCUGCAUCUACUCAGCCGCCGCAGUCCAUCAUCCCACCAGCGAACAUUACCUCGCCCUCGCAAAGUAGUCACUCUAAUGCGACAAGUGCGAGAAGUUCCGCAAUCGAUACAACCGACCCCUCAUGGCAACCACUGUUGAAGGAACUGCUGGCUAUGGGCAUCACAGAAGACCAAAUCGAGGAAAACGCAGACUUUAUCAAGCUGUACAUUGAGCAGAGGAAGACAGAAGAGAAGCUCAAGGAAGAGAACAGCGAACGCAAGGUCAGGGCCCCUCCGCCUCCUCCGCCAAGUGCUGCCUCAGUACGAGCGCCUCUCAGCCCUCAGAAUACGGGUAGUACAACAGCAUCUAAACGAGGGCCUCCACCUGCACCUCCGCCAGCUCGCAGGACGAAGACCGACGCACCGAGCAUCAAUCGCCAAUCUUCUGCAAGCCCAGCGCCGCCGUCCCCUCCUCGAGAAUCUUCUCCGCCUCCAGGUCCCCCGAAGCCGGUUUUCAGAGCCCCCCCUCCAAUUGCAGAAGCAGGCAAGUUUGCCAGCCAACCCCCUGCGCCACCGAACAGAGCGCGAGCCUCAUCAAAUGCUGCAAAUCCAGGCCCUCCACCUCCACCGCGGCCGCCAAAGACACCUAUACCUGACGACGAACGACCAGUUGGAGGCAGAUUUGGCGUGCCACCUCCAUUCGCAGGGAACCGUGUGCCUUCUGGUGCACCACCACCACCACCACCAAGUCGAGGACCAGUUCCACCCCCACCUCCAGCGCGAGACACACCUUCGGCACCUCCACCAUUACCGCCAAAAGCUGCUGCAGCGCCUUUACCACCUCACCCACCGCCGACAAACCAUGUUCAUAUUCCACCACCGCCUCCAUUACCACCCUCAUCGUCACGGCCCGUACCGUCUGCUCCUACGAGCGCCGCCCCAACACCACCACCACUACCUCCCCCGUCCAACGUGGCGCCUCCUCCACCGCCCAUGCCAGGGAGAUCGAUUCCGCCGCCCACACCAAUGCCACAUAGUGCAGUGCCUCCACCUCCGCCCAUACCACACAGCGGCGCGCCUCCCCAGGCUCCUCCAAUGCCUCCAGGCUCUGGGCCGCCUCCCCCUCCUCCGAUGCCAAACAGUGGCGCACCGCCUCCCCCUCCUCCAAUGCCAAACAGCGGCGCACCGCCUCCACCUCCAAUGCCUCCAGGCUCUGGGCCCCCUCCGCCUCCGCCCAUGCCUUCGAGAGAUGCCGCCGCACCGCCUCCCCCACCAGGCAGCGCACCCCUUCCAAAACCCGCGCCUGGGCGAGACGGUCUCUUGGCAGACAUUCGUGGAGGUGCGAGGUUGAAAAAGGUGUCAGAUACAGAGAAGAAAGAUCGCAGUGCCGCGGCAGUGCCUGGCGGGGACCCAGCUGGAGCUGCUUCUGGCGGUGCCAGUGGUCCAGCGACUCCGGGGGCGGAUGCUGGUCUGGCUGGCGCGCUAGCCAGUGCUCUUGCAGCAAGGAAGGCCAAAGUUAGUCACAGCGACGAUGAGUCCGACAAGGACGACUGGUAG